AUGUCUGCCGUAGACAAUCGAACAGCAUCUUGCCUUUGCCGAAGCAUCUCCGUUACUUUGGCAGGUGAGCCGUCGCUCAAGGUCCUCUGCCACUGCGACUCAUGCAAGAAAGCGUCGGGAGUAGUGUUUCAAGCAAACACAUUCUGGCCCAAGGAGAAUGUUACGGUAUCGGACCCGGAAGGUAUGCUGCAAGAAUAUAGAGACACCUCUCCUGACUCUGGGAGAUACGUGCUGCGCUCAUUUUGUCGCAAUUGCGGCUCAUUUAUAAUGAUCACGAACCCUACACAUCCUGAUAUAUCGAAAAUGGUCAUCGUGCCCAUCGGCAUUAUCAAUGGAGAAAAAGAAUCCAUGAUCCCGGAUCAUGAGUUUUUCGUCAAACAAAAGCUGGGAUGGUUGGAGUCUCGGGACGGUGUGCUUGAGUAUCAAGGGAUGGAAUAA